CUCGCUGCCUAUAUACAAGUUUCGUUUUGGACUUUGGCAGCUGGCCGACAGAUUAAAAAAAAUUCGGCAAAAAUUUUUUCAUGCUAUUCUACGACAGGAAAUAGGCUGGUUUGACAUGCAAUGACACCACUGAACUCAACACACGGCUAACAGAUGACAUCUCCAGAAUCAGUGAAGGAAUUGGUGACAAGGUUGGAAUGUUCUUUCAAGCAGUAGCCACGUUUUUUGCAGGAUUCAUAGUGGGCUUCAUCAGAGGCUGGAAGCUCACCCUUGUGAUAAUGGCCAUCAGCCCCAUCCUGGGGCUCUCUGCAGCUGUUUGGGCAAAGAUACUGUCAGCCUUCAGUGACAAAGAACUAGCUGCCUAUGCAAAAGCAGGUGCCGUGGCAGAGGAGGCUCUGGGCGCCAUCAGGACCGUGAUAGCUUUCGGGGGCCAGAACAAAGAGCUGGAAAGGUAUCAGAAACAUUUGGAAAAUGCCAAAAAGAUUGGAAUUAAGAAAGCCAUUUCAGCAAACAUUUCCUAUGGGCAUUGCCUCCUGUUGAUCUAUGCCUCAUACGCACUAGCCUUCUGGUAUGGAUCUACUCUAGUUAUAUCCAAAGAAUACACCAUUGGAAAUGCAAUGACAGUGAGUAUCUUUCCUACUGUUUAUGAAGAAUCUGAAAUAUGA